AGAAAAUGGCAAUCCUCUUUACACCAUUUUCAUACUCUUUCUUCCCCAAAAAAUCCAACACCAAUUUCUCCACCAUUAAUGGCUCUGGCUAUAAUUUUAACAGCAGUAACCCUUUUCAUUCUUCUGUUGUUUGUUCUUCUCAAAUUUCUCAACAGCCCCAAAUUUCUUCACAAACCCCAUCACCAAUCUUGAUUGAUAAAUCUUUUUUAUAUGUAUCUGAAGCUAAAUCUGAAAAUGAGUUGUGGGCUGCUUCUUGUCUUCGUGUUAGGACUUUCUAUGGCUUUCACCAUGAAACUCUCAACAUAGAAGAUCAUACAAAGUACCUGACUGAACGUGAGUUUGAAGCACUGACAGAACGUAUUGCUGGGAAAAGGGUUGGCUUUGGAAGAGUUUCUUGCAUCAAUGCCACCCUUCCAUUUUCAGAAGUCUCAAAUGUUGCAUAUGAUUUGAGUACUUCUUGUAAGUUUUCUCAUGAUAAUGCGGAUCUAGUUGUUGUCGGGACCCUGGACGUUAACCAGUGCAUCAGACUUCCAGAUGAAAUCACAGGAAUGAAACCAAAGGGAAUCGGAGCUGAUUUUGCUAGGGGAUACUUGAGUAAUGUAUGCGUUGCUGGAGAAUUGCAAAGAAAUGGCCUCGGCUACGCUCUUAUUUGUAAAGCAAAGACGGUUUCUAAAGACAUGGGAAUAAGUGAUCUAUAUGUCCAUGUUGCCAUCGACAACGAGCCAGCAAAAAGGUUGUACAUAAAGUGUGGCUUUAUACAAGAGAACGAGGAACCUGCGUGGCAAGCAAGGUUCUUAGAUCGACCUCGAAGACUUCUCUUGUGGACAGAUCUCUCCAAUUCUUCUGAUGUUUCAAUGUAAAAUGUACACAAAAUUCUGUGUUUUCACUCAAGAAAAGGAAAAAGGCCCUCCAAGAAAUCUCACAUUGUAUCAUUUUCUUGUAGAUUCUUAAUGUAUCAUUGUGUCCAUCUUUUUACAGUCAUAAAGAAAAUGUAUUCAAU